AUGUUUGUUGAUGAUGGUUUCUUAACAAAAUAUGUUGCACUACAAUUAAGACAAGGCAAAUUAAAGGGCUUAGAAAGAACUCUUCGAGAUGGAACUUCGUUCUUUAGCUUUAAAGGGAUACCUUAUGCUAGACCCGCCGUCGGAAAACUGAGGUUUAAGGCACCCCUUCCCCCAGAAACGUGGCAAGGCACGCUUAAUGCGUUCGAACACGGUCCAAUUUGUCCUCAAGUAGAACUAUACGGAUGGCAAUGUUCACCGAAAAACGAAGAUUGCUUGUUCAUAAAUGUCUACACGAAAACUUUGGAAAGAAAUGCAAAAUUACCAGUUAUGGUUUAUAUCCAUGGAGGAGCAUACUUUUACGGAUCUGGUAAUGAUGACAUUCAUGGUCCGGAGUUUCUCUUACAACAUGACGUGACACUGGUUACAUUCAAUUACAGGUUAGAAGCGCUAGGAUUUUUGUGUUUAGAUACUCCUGAUAUUCCUGGAAAUGCUGGCAUGAAAGAUCAAGUGGCUGCUUUACGUUGGGUGCAGAACAACAUUGAAAAAUUCGGAGGCGACCGAAAUAAUGUGACUAUAUUUGGUGAAAGCGCCGGAGGAACAUCGGUCACCUAUCAUUUGUUGUCCUCAAUGACGAGUGGUUUGUUCCAUAAAGCAAUCGCACAAAGUGGAGUGUGCAUAAGUGAUUGGGCACAGAGUAAAGAUGGUAAAGCAAGGGCAAUAAGAGCAGCUAAAGCUCUAGGGAUACACACUGACGAUGUGAGAAAAUUGACAGAUCGAUUUCAAAAUGUUCCAGUAGACAAUUUAGUCAAAAUUACUUUUAAAUCAAUGACUGAAGAUGAGAAAUAUCGUGGAUUUCCGAGUCAUUUCGUUCCAGUAGUUGAAAAAGAAUUUGAAAAUACAGACACCUUUCUUACUAAGGAACCUCUAGAAUUAUUACUAUCUGGACAAAUAGCAAAAGUACCGUUGUUAGCUGGGUACAAUUCUGCUGAAGGUUUAAUAGUAACAGAUUACGAAUUUCGAAGACUUAAGUUUAUGAAUGAUAAUCUUUCUUUUUAUCUGCCACGAGAAAUCGCUAACCAUGUUUCAAAAGAAAAACUAAUAGAUUUCGGAUACAGGAUACAAACAUUCGAUUGUAUAACAGAUUUGAAUAUACAUAAGAAAUUCAUAGGAUUUAAUAACUAUAAAGGAGCUAGUCAUAUUGAUGAGAUAUUUUAUUUGUUCAACAACGAAAUUAACAAGUGUCCCUAUGAAGAACAGGAAAGAUUGAGAGAAAUCGUGUUCAUGAUUACAAAAUUAUGGACUGAUUUUGCUAAAACUGGGAAUCCAACACCAGAUAACUGUCAAGACUUCACAUGGCAGCCAUAUACACAUAUUGGUAAAGAAUACCUUAGACUCAAUGAAAAUCCUUCAAUGGAUACUUUCGCAGAUAUGAAGCGAGUGAAGUUUUGGAACAGCUUGUACAAGGAAGCAGGUCUGCCGCAUAUAAUGGACUGCUGA